CUUAGACACUUGCCCUGCCCCCUCCUCUGCCCCAAUUUUUAUCUGCUCUGUAUCUCAUAAUAUAAUACAGAGCAAAUAUAUAUAUUUAUAUAUAAUAUAAUAUAUAAUAUAACCUCCAAAAGGAAGAAGAAGAAGAAGAAGAAGGAAAAAGCUGAGAAAGAUGAAGCAUCAUAGAAUCUGAAACAAAAAAAGAAAAGCUUUCAUUUUUAUUCUUUGUUUGUUUUUAUUUUUCUUCAAUGGGUUUUGAAUGAGAAACCCAUUGAAAAUCUCAGAGUCAAUUUUUUUGUUUGUUGUUAUUUGUUAAUGGCAGCUUCGACUUUGGGGUCUGACCCAAGUCCAGAGGUGUUUUCAUGGCUAAAAACCCUACCUUUAGCACCAGAGUACCAUCCUACUUUGGCAGAGUUUCAAGAUCCGAUUUCAUAUAUAUUUAAGAUCGAGAAAGAGGCUUCCAAGUAUGGAAUCUGCAAAAUCAUUCCUCCAGUGUCUCCAUCGCCUAAGAAGACUGUAAUUGCGAAUCUAAACAAGUCGCUUGCUGCUCGUGCUGGGUAUUCUGAAGGUUCGAAUCCCAAAACACCUCCCACAUUCACUACUCGGCAGCAGCAGAUCGGGUUCUGCCCUCGGAAGCCUCGUCCAGUUCAGAGGCCGGUUUGGCAGAGUGGUGAGCAGUACACGUUUCAGGAAUUCGAGACUAAGGCGAAGGGUUUUGAGAAAGGGUUUUUGAAGAAAUGUGGGAAGAAAGGAGGAGGGCUUUCGCCACUGGAAAUCGAAACCCUUUACUGGAAAGCGACUGUGGAUAAACCCUUUUCAGUCGAGUACGCGAACGACAUGCCUGGCUCUGCUUUCGUUCCCGUUAAUGCUAAGAAGAGUAGGGAAGCAGGGGAGAGUGUGACUCUUGGUGAGACUGCUUGGAACAUGAGGGCGGUGUCUAGGUCAAAGGGGUCUUUGUUGCGGUUCAUGAAGGAGGAGAUUCCUGGGGUUACUUCCCCCAUGGUGUAUGUAGCUAUGCUAUUCAGUUGGUUUGCUUGGCAUGUUGAGGACCAUGACUUGCAUAGUCUCAAUUAUUUGCACAUGGGGGCUUCAAAGACGUGGUAUGGCGUACCAAAGGAAGCUGCUGUUGCGUUUGAGGAGGUGAUCAGAGUUCAUGGCUAUGGAGCAGAGAUCAAUCCCCUUGUCACCUUUUCCAUUCUUGGUGAGAAGACCACAGUGAUGUCACCUGAAGUAUUCAUUAAAGAAGGAGUUCCAUGCUGCAGGCUAGUGCAAAAUGCUGGUGAAUUUGUUGUCACUUUUCCAAGGGCAUAUCAUACUGGUUUCAGUCAUGGAUUUAAUUGUGCAGAAGCAGCUAAUAUUGCGACACCUGAAUGGUUAAGAGUUGCUAAUGAUGCUGCUAUUCGACGAGCUUCAAUUAACUAUCCUCCAAUGGUGUCUCACUUCCAGUUACUUUAUGAUCUUGCUCUUGCAUUAUGCUCAAGAAUACCCUUGAGCAUCGGCAGUGAACCACGAAGUUCUAGAUUAAAAGACAAGAGAAAGGGUGAAGGAGAAACGGUUGUGAAAGAGCUAUUUGUGCAGGAUGUUUUAAAGAAUAAUGACUUACUUCAUGUUCUUGGGAAAGGGUCUCCCAUUGUACUUCUUCCUAGGACUUCUUCAGACAUUCCACUAUGUUCCAAAUUGCGUGUUGGUUCUCAUUUAAGGUCAAAUACCAGUCUUUCUAUAGAAGAAAUGAAAUCUUCAAGAAGUUUCAUUUCUGAUGAUCUGAUGGUAGACAGAAAGCAGGAGGUUGAUCAGGUGAAAGAAUUCUAUCCAGUGAAAGGUAAGCUUGCCUCUUUGUGUGAGGGAAGCUGGGUUCCCUCUCGUGGAAAUAAAAGAACAUCUGGUUCAAAUUUUAAGACUCCAGUUAAGAGCGUCGAAGUGAAGAAUAAUGUUGACAGUGAUAGGUUAUCAGAGCAGAGAUUAUUUUCUUGUGUUACUUGUGGAAUCUUGAGCUUUGCUUGUGUUGCCAUUGUUCAGCCAAAAGACCCAGCAGCCAGAUAUCUAAUGGCAGCUGAUUGUAGCUUUUUUAAUGAUUGGGUUGUUAAUGCUGGAGUAGCUAGUAAUGUGUUCCCCAUUUCCAAUGUGGAUCAGACAGAAUCUAAGCAGAAUAACUACACAGCAUGGGCAGACAAUUGUGCUCCUGAUUCAUAUGAUGGUCCUGUUCCAUCCAUUUCUAACCAAGUUCAGAUGGAAGACCAAAAUAAUGAGGUACUUUCAAACAGUGAAGCACAUGAAGCUACUUCGGCACUUGGCUUAUUAGCUUUACAUUAUGGAAACUCAUCAGACUCUGAGGAAGAUCAGGUUCGAGAAGAUGAUUCAAUCUAUGAAAAUGAAACCAACAUGGCAAAUUGUUCUCCAGAAAGCAAAUAUCGUUGUGAGAGUUCUGGUCUCUCUUUCCAAAAUAGUCUGAGUGAUGCAGCUGGCGAUGAUGGUCGCUCACCACAAGAACUUGAUUUAGGGGAAGAACGUGCAUCUCAAAAUGCUGAUUUUCAUAAGGAAAAUGGACACAACAGAGAUGAUGUCAAAUAUGGGCAAAAUGUUGAUUGUUCUGUUGAUGCAUCUAAUAAUGUUGCUUCCACUGAAACAAAUUGCUUGGUUGGUAAAAUAAGAGAUCCUAUGAUAGUUUCACAAACAUGUUCCGCAGAUACAUAUGAUGCAGAAGCUACAAGGUUCUGCAAGGGUAUUGUACCAAUGAAGAAUGAAGGCGUGCCAUUGGCUCCGUUAUCUGAUGAAGACUCUUCUAGAAUGCAUGUGUUUUGUCUAGAGCAUGCUGUAGAGGUAGAACAACAGCUUCGUCAAAUAGGAGGUGUCCAUAUACUACUCCUUUGUCAUCCAGAUUAUCCAAAGAUAGAGACUGAAGCAAAGUCAAUUGCAGAGGAACUGGGAAUUAAUUGUGCCUUGAAUGAUACUACAUUCAGGGAUGCCACCAAAGAUGAUCAGGAGAAGAUCCAGUCAGCUCUGGAUAGCGAGGAUGCCAUGCCUAAGAAUGGGGACUGGGCUGUAAAACUUGGAAUUAAUCUCUUUUAUAGUGCCAACCUCAGCCGCUCUCCACUUUAUAGUAAGCAGAUGCCUUAUAAUUCUGUUAUAUACAAUGCAUUUGGUCGCACUUCUCCAACAAGUUCAUCCGUGAGAUCUGAUGGAUUUGGGAGGAGAUCUGUCAAGAAAAAGGUUGUGGCGGGGAAAUGGUGUGGUAAAGUCUGGAUGUCAAACCAGGUACAUCCCUUACUAGUAAAAAGAAAUCCUGAGGACGAAGAAGAGAGAGGCAUCCUUGCUUGGGCUACACCAGAUGAGAAUCUUGAUAGAAAUCAUGACACUCCACACAGAAAUAGUAACACCAUGGUUGCUAAAAAGUAUGUGAGGAAGAGGAAAAUGAAAGUAGGAAAUGAGUCAAUCAAGAAAGCCAAAUGCAUUAAGGGAAAGGAUAUAGUUUCUGAAAAUUCAAUGGAUGAUGAUUCUCAUGAGCCCCAUAGGAGGCCUUUUGGAAACAAUCAAGCCACGCGGAUUGGAGGUGGGUCAACGAAGAAAGGAAAACAACAUAUUCAGAGGGAAGAUGCAGUUUCUGAUGAUUCAAUGUAUGUUUCUCUCAAGCAGUGUAAGAGGACUCUUAGAACCAAGGUAGCCACUUCUGUUGAGACAGAUGACAUAGUUUCAGAUGAUUCUUUAGGAGUUAUUUCUAAUUACCGGAACCGAAAGAACCCUAGAAGUGAGAAGGCCAAACAUGUAAGAGAUGCAGGAAUACAAGAUGUGGUUUCAGAUGACUCACUUGAUUUUGAGUCUAAUCAGCGGGGUGGGAGGAUUUCUAAAAGCAAGCAAGCUAAAUUCAUGGAGGAAGAAGAUUCAGCUUCAGAUGAUCUUCCUAGUACUAAUUUGUAUAAGCAACAGACCAGAAUUUAUAAAAGCAAGUAUGCUAAGUCCAUUGAGAGAGAAGAUGACGUUUCUGAUGAGCCAGUGGAGGAUUAUGCUUGCGAUGAAGACAAGAGAGUUCUUCGAAGCAAGCCAACAAAAUCUGCUAUGCAGCCGAAAAUGAAACAAGGGACUGGGCGCAAUGUGAGACAACCAUCGUCUCAGUCUGUGAAACAAGGUACUCGCCAGAUAAUGAAAAAAGAAACUCAAAAAACAAAGCUACACACUCCACGGCUUCGAAAUAGUCAGUGUGACCAGGACACUUCACAUAUAUGUGAUGACGAAGAGGAAGAAGGUGGGCCUAGUACACGCCUUAGGAAAAGAACCCCUAAGCCACAAAAAACUACAGGAACCAAAAAGAAAGAGCAGCAGCAGCAACAAACAAGCAACAAAAAGGCAAAGAAUGUUUCAGCUGGGAAAGCUCAGGCUGGACGCAGUGAUACAAAAUUAAAAGAUGAAGAAGCAGAAUACGUGUGUGAUGUUGAGGGAUGCACGAUGAGUUUCGGGGUGAAGCACGAGCUUGUCCUUCAUAAAAGAAACAUUUGUCCGGUGAAGGGGUGUGGGAAAAAGUUCUUCUCUCAUAAAUAUCUGGUGCAGCAUCGUCGAGUUCAUAUGGAUGAUCGCCCUCUAAGGUGUCCCUGGAAGGGCUGCAAGAUGACAUUCAAGUGGGCAUGGGCUCGCACUGAACACAUAAGGGUUCACACAGGUGCUCGCCCUUAUGUAUGUGCAGAGCCAGGGUGCGGGCAGACAUUUAGAUUUGUGUCUGAUUUUAGUCGCCACAAGCGAAAAACCGGCCAUUCAACAAAGAAAGGAAGAUGAUUAAUCUGACAACAGAAGACCAAGUGUAAUGUAACUUUGGUAAUGAAUUUGUUGUUCAGUUGACAAGGGGGGAGGGGUUAGGAAUAGGCUUAAAAAGAGGUUUAGUUUUUUUUUUUACCUUGUAUUUGCUGCUAUUAUGCUAUUUUAGAGUUACAGUAAAUUCUGAUUUGCCCAGGGCAGGGUCUUCAUUGGACCCAUUCAUUUACUGCAAGAAGAGCAAUUGCUUGGAUCUUGAAUGAAGAAAGACAUUCUUCCUCUCUC